AUUCUCGUUUACCCUAUCAAGUCUGUUCGACCGUACGAACCUUCUUCGGCCGAAGUGACUAGACAUGGCUUUACCUACGACCGCUGCUUCAUGGUCCUCCAAGAGCUGCCAGAUGGCUCGCUCAAGAACAUGCACGUCGCACACUACCCCGAGCUGACCCUCUUGUUCGCCGAUAUCAAGUUUCCUAAGGAUCAAAAUCCCAAAAACGCCUCUAUACAUCUGACUUGGAAGCCGCCACAUGGCGAAUCAAGAGAUCUGAGUCUCCCUCUUGUUCCCGACACAUCCUCUCUACAGAAGAUCCAUGUGACUAUGCACUCCAGCCCUACUGAUGCCUACCAGAUGGACGACCAAUACAACAAAUGGCUGUCUGAAUGUCUGGGCUAUAAUGUCGUGCUAGCAUAUCUCGGCGAGAAUGAACGUCCAGUUCUUAUGACCACUCACCAAGAGAACAACCAAUCCCAAGCUCAGCAGGGAGGCUGGCUAUCUGCCAUCACCAACAAGUUGCCCACUUCCAUCGGCACAAUCAUCUCAGGUGACACACAAACGGAAGACAAGAUCACCUUCGCCGAUUGUGCCCCUUUCCUCAUCGUCAACGAAACUUCCCUUCACGACGUCAGCAAACGUCUGGAAGGUGAAGACAUGGACAUCACAAAAUUCAGACCAAACAUCAUCGUCAGCGGUGCCGAGUCAUCCUGGGAAGAAGACUAUUGGUCAGAGCUAGAGACAUCCAGCAACGUGAAACUACAUCUGGUGCAGAACUGUGUCAGAUGCGUAAGUCUGAACAUCGACUAUGCGACUGGCAAGCCUGGUGAAGGCGAAUCUGGAAAAGUGCUCAAGAAGCUGCAAAGCGAUAGAAGAGUAGACGAGGGACACAAAUACUCACCUGUCUUUGGCCGAUAUGCGUUCUUGGGCAAGGGUGAUGAGGGCAAGUCUCUGGCUGUUGGUGAUGAGAUCACGAUCACUCAGCGCAAUGCUGAAAGGACAGUUUUUGGUAAGUCGUACUUAUACCGAUUUUCUCCAAUGGAAAUGAUGUCUGGACGGAGCAUGCUAUGUGUGCAGUCGAUGCUCUAUAUAUAUCACUUGGUUGCUGAUGGCUCGAAUGGAUGUUUAGAAUUGACCAAUGGCCUUGCAAGUGCUGCUGCGCACAUGCUGUACAGCCUCUAA